AUGAGGUUCAUCACCACCUGGCUUGUACUCGCCACCUCGGCCUCUUCGGUCUUGGCUUCUGGACCCGUCACUUUUGAGGUCAGUCACCUCCUUCAGCGCGCCGCCUACAUCUGACGUGUCCAAAACUGACAACGUGGCCUGCCACAUCCCUCUCGACCUUGUCUCGACCUCGCCCGGUGGUCUAUCGCAUCGCGCAAUACUCGACCCACCUUUUUGUCUCCCACUCGUGCCAACACCUCGCUACAGCCCUCGAUGAUCCGUGGCCACUUUGUAGAACAGUUCACCUCGAGCUGGACCCAGCGAUGGAGCCCCUCAAAGGCGACCAAGCAGAACACGGACAAGGAGGCCGAGGUCUUUUCCUACAUCGGUGAAUGGAAGGUCGAGGCACCGACCGUCUACCCCGGUAUCUCGGGCGACGAAGGGCUCGUCAUGAAGUCCAAGGCGGUCAGUCCUUUUUCUCCCUUUCUUUUGAGCUGACGGGACGGGAGAUCCACGUCCGUCGUCACCUCCAUCCCCCGUACGCGCCUCUUCCCCCCCAAGGCACUGACCUCCUUUCACCCGCGCAUCCGAGACCCGCAGGCCCACCACGGUAUCUCGGCCCUUUUUGACAAGCCGCUCGACCCCAAGGGUAAAACGCUUGUUGUACAGUACGAGGUCAAGCUCCAGAACGGGCUCGACUGCGGUGGCGCCUACCUCAAACUGCUCAGUGAUUCCGCCCAGGUCCGUAGUGAAACGAUCUCCUACGCACUCUCACCCGUGCUUACCUCGAGCUCUGAUUUUGUCUCGCAGGGCAUCCAAGCCGAGGAAUUCUCUGACGCAACACCUUGUGAGUUUCUGGUCUCGAACUCUGGCACCUCUUGAGCACACGUCACUAACCUCACUCUUAACCCAGACACGAUCAUGUUCGGCCCUGACAAGUGCGGUUCGACCUCCAAAGUGCACUUUAUCUUCCGACACAAGAACCCCGUCACGGGCGAGAUCGAAGAGAAGCACCUCACCGCACCUCCUACGCCUAUCAUCUCCAGGACUACGAAUCUGUACACGCUCAUCGUCCGACCGGACCAAUCGGUAGAGAUCAAGAUCAACGGCGAGUCGUCCAAGAACGCGACCCUUCUUGAUGACUUCUCCCCCUCGGUGAACCAACCCAAGGAGAUUGACGACGAGUCCGAUGUCAAGCCCGAGGACUGGGUUGACUCGCCCAAGAUCUCGGACCCAUCUGCGACCAAGCCCGACGACUGGGAUGAAGACGCCCCCGAGACGAUCGAGGACGCCGAUGCGACCAAGCCCGAUGAUUGGUACGAGGACGAGGCAGCUCAGAUCCCUGACCCCGAUGCCGAGCAACCCGAGGAAUGGAGCACCGAGGACGAUGGUGACUGGAACGCCCCGAUGAUCCCCAACCCCAAGUGCGACACCGCGAGUGGCUGUGGACCCUGGAAGCGACCGAUGAUCGCGAACCCCGUCUACAAGGGCAAGUGGUUCGCCCCCCUCAUCGACAACCCGCUCUACAAAGGGCCUUGGUCCCCUCGCAAGAUCGCCAACCCCGCUUACUUUGAGGACAAGACCCCCUCCGACUUCACCCCCAUGUCUGGUAUCGGCUUCGAGUUGUGGACCAUGACCGACGACAUCCUUUUCGACAACAUCUACAUUGGUGAUUCUGAGGCUCUCGCCGAACAAUUCGCCGCCGAGACGUUCAAAAUCAAGGUCCCCAUCGAGACUGCGGCUGAGGAGACUGAGACGCCCAAGGAGGACAAGGAGGAAGUCGACCCUUUGACCGGUGAACGCUUCGUCCGCCCCAUCCUGAGCAAGGACCCAAUCGGCUUCGGUAAAUUCCACUUGCAACGCUUCAUGGACAAGGCCGUCGAGGACCCCGUCGGAGCAUUCAAGACGAUGCCUUUGGUCGGCGCCAGCAUCGCCGCAGCUUUCGCUGGUCUCGUGGGUUUCUUGACCGUCGUCUUCGCUUCGAUUUUGCCCUCUUCUUCGACCGUUCAAGAGACCAAGAAGGCCGUCAAGAGCAAGGCCGAGGACCUCAAGAAGAAGACUGACGCUGUUACGGAGGACGUCAAGGAGAAAGUUGAUGAGGCGGCGCAGGUCAUCGAGGACAAGAAGGACGAGGCCAAGGAAGGCGUACGAACGCGAGCAAGGAAGAGCGCCGCUGCUGAGGACAAGUAG